AACAUACAAAUUUUCCAUAGGCGUGCGUUGAUCACGAUAACUAUAUUGAAAUAAGUGAAUGUAGACAAGGAAAAUGGACGAAUAAUGAUAAAUAUAUUAAUAUGAUUCAUUGAAAGAGAAGAAUGAUACUACAAGAUUUUUUCCUAUAUAAAAUUCGACUGAAAGAACAUGACUAUUAAAAAGAUGUCGAGUAAUAUACGCUUUUUUCUUAGUUUCUUGAUAACUUAUACUGACUCAUAUAUACAAGAAUUUAUUCUACAAGCUACAAGUAUCACAAAAGCCUAUAUGAAAUCUUAGAAAUUGAAUUGCUUUUCAAGAUAAUUGUACUAAUAAUUGUUUGCUGAGAGAGAUUUAUCAAUAGUUAUUGCUUGUUGAUCCGAAGCUGUCUUGAGAAUUAACGUUAUCUCUAAUAUACCUAUAGGUAUUUCUGAAAUCUUAAAUUCAAUAUUAUGUAAACAAUUUUUUUGAUUUGAUAAUGGGGGACAGUAUUAUGUGAUAUGGAUGGUCAGAUAUUUUUUGUCUCUUUGCGAUUAUGUAUGAAGAAGCAACAGGUAAAUUCGGGGACGCCACUGAUAUCAAAAAGAAAAUUGUAGUAGUUUAUUUACAACAAACAUUCAUAUCAUAGAGUGAAAUCUGAAAAUUUCUAUGUUUAUUUUGAAAAAUUGUUGAAACGAACAAAUGAAACCACGCUCAAAUUAAAAUUUAACCAGUAGUUAACAAGUGCAACUAGCGAAUCGUAUUCCCAAUUUCACAUUUUGAAACAUUAUUCUCAAAAUGAUAGAUCUUUUAAACUCUUUCAAGUCUUUAAUCAAAUAUGAACAGGUCAAUAUCGACAAUAAUGUAUUCAAAUUACACUAUAGAUUCACUGUUGUGUUACUCGUCAUAUUUUCUGCAUUACUAACAAGCAAGGAAUACUUUGGCGAGCCUAUAAGUUGCGAUACAGAUGAUCAAGAUAGAAAGCAGUUGAUUGAUAUGUUUUGCUGGAUACAUGGAACAUAUAUCAUCAAUAAAGGACGGAAAAGUGAUAUUCUCCCAGGAAUAUUCAACAUAUAUGACUCAACCUUCAACGAUUUAAAAAAUCAUACGAAAAAGAUUAUGGGCGAACUGACUCUAGAGAAAAAUGACCAAAUAAUAUGGCAGAAGUAUUAUCAGUGGGUGUGCAUCAUAUUUGGACUUCAAGCUUUACUAUUUUAUUUACCGAGAUAUAUUUGGAAGCACUGGGAAGGUGGUAGGAUGGAAUUGUUGGUGCAAGAUUUAUGUGGCCCUUUAGUGCCUCCAGAAUGGAACCAAGCAACGAGGGAAAAACUGUUGGAUUACUUGAUGAACAACAACAAUGGCCAUACACUAUAUGCCCUUCAUUACAGUUUUUGUGAAGGGCUGAACCUCGUUAAUGUGGUACUGCAAAUAAAACUGAUGGACUGGUUUUUGGCAGGUCAAUUCUCCUUGUACGGCUUAACGUUCGCCAGCGUUAAUAACCUGAGUCCGAUGGAUAGGGUGUUCCCGAAAUUAGCCAAAUGCAUGUAUUACAGAUUUGGACCUUCGAGUACUAUCGAGAAUAGGGACGCCCUCUGCGUUUUGCCCUUGAACAUUCUCAACGAGAAAUUAUUUCUGAUCAUUUGGAUAUGGUUUCACGUUCUGGCCUUCAUAACGGCCAUGUUCAUGGUGUACAGAUGUUUAGUUAUAUGUAUUCCCAGUUUGCGUUCGUACAUUCUGAUUAGUCACAGUCGACAUGUUUGGUGCUUCAAAGUUAAAUUGAUGAUAAUGAAAAUUAACUAUGGCGAUUUCUUCGUUUUGGAUCAUUUGGGAAAGAAUUUGAACCCUGUUAUAUUCUGCGAUAUCAUUAAUGAUAUCCACCAUAACCUACAAGCUAAGGAAAAGUGUAAAAACCUGGUGGAAGAUAUCAUUUAGUUAUAACUUUUUAUGAAUCGUUUCUUCAGAUAUUCAUAAAGAAUAGAGAUUAGUAUUUGUAGAAUAUUCCCAUUUAUGUUGAGUAAUAAAGUUUUUUUGAUAAU